AUGAAUGUAGAAGCACCACAUUAUUUUCGUAAUAGGGUUGUUUAUGGGUCAAUCUAUAUAUCUGAUCGUUAUCAAUUAUCAUAUCGAAAUCAAUCGAGUAAGUCCAUGUUGCUUUCUUUCAUUAAUUUCAAGGAAAUAUUGCUUGGAUUUACAGAGAAAUGCGGGAUAAGCUAGCUCAUGCUUCUCGAUUCAUGGCAUCCUCUCAUUUGCGAACAUAAAGUCGAAUUCAUAUCUAAUAGAUAUAGAUCAAGUAUCUGAUGCAAAACAUCAUAUUAAAUAAAUUGAUGAAAGUUUGCUGUUUUCAAUUUUCUUUCUUCAUAUUUCUUCGGAUUUUUACUCAGGUAGAUAGGAUUCGUUGUGAUUUCACCCCUUUAUAAGUUAAAAGACAGCUCUUCUCCGAUACCAGUGACUUGUCUUUUCUGAUGAGACUACGUUAGAGCAUGAAUUCUUUCUAUACUAUCUAUUUCUUUUCUAGUUCAUGUUUCUGGGUUCAUGAACGGUUGAUAACUACAGAAAAAGAAAGUUAAUAAAUACCAUUUGUAAUAAAUUGAGAGCAUGCAACGCGAUCCAUAGAAUUUAUCCUUAUUAACAUUCAUUAUGAAAUCGGGGGGGGGGGGUGCAAAAUGUCUGGCUACCCGAAUAAUCUCUGGAGCAACACCUUAAGUGUGUGCUUGUGUGACUGUUUCUUCUUUUUCGACACCCAUUGAUACCCAUACCCACAUCCACAUCCACACCCACCCUUUACUGAAAAGAUCCUUUGUUUAACGGAAAAAUUAGGGAUGUAACAGUACCGGUACAAUAAUAUAAAAUCCGGUUAAUACCAAUGUCAUUCAAUUCUGACAAUUCACUGCUGUAUUGGCGCUGAAACAUUCCCCAUUUUAAGGUUCCGAAGAAUUCUUAAAGAUUUCUAAAGAUUUCUAGAGAUUUCUAAAAAUUUCUAGAGAUUCCUAAGGAUUUCUAGAGAUUCCUAAAGAUUUCUAAAGAUUUCUAAAGAUUUCCAAAGAUUUCUAAAGAUUUCCAAAGAUUUCUAAAGAUUUCUAAAGAUUUUCAAAGAUUUUCAGAGAUUUCCAAAGAUUUUCAAAGAUUUCCAAAGAUUUUCAAAGAUUUCCAAAGAUUUCAAGGGUUAAAAUCUGCUUUUUCCCCCUUGCACACCCCCCCCCCC